AACUAUAAAUGUAAGCAUUAAUUUGCAGCUUGUUGACUACUGUACCACUUGUCGGUGCGCAAGUCAUUUCUCUCUAUGAUAAACGGUCAGUUCUCCACAUUUGACCUCUACGAUGCCUUACUGACUGAAAUUGGAACCUGUCCUAUCAAGUGCUGAUUUUGACCUCCUGCAAUGGCACUGCAACAGUUAUCAAGCAGAUUGGCUAGGAUUAGCAGAUCUUUAACCCUUGUUUCCGAACGAAAUCGGCUAAACUUGGUGUUAAGGCCGGCAGAUGUCUUAAAAUUUGGCGUACAGAGGUCAAUGGCAACAGGUCCGUCGUCUCCAAAGAUAGAUAUAUCAGAGCUUUUUGUAGAGAACAAGGAAGAAAAACUGCAUGUGAAUGAAUUGGUUGACAUUGUGAAGCAAACAAAACUGCACAUGAAUGAUAAUGAUGAACCUAAUUCUAAUAAGGUACUUGGCAAGAAGACUUCUAAGAAGACUGACAAAUCUAAUUCUUCUAAGAUUACCGGCCGUAGUGCAGAACACGUUUCGGAAGAUGGUGCAGAGUCAUCGGAUGAUACCCAACUUGAGCCUGAACUCACAGAAUCUGCUGAAAACAGCAAAAGCGAAGGCAGCAAUAAAAAUAAGUCAGUUGAACACACUGGAAGCGAAUUGUACAAAUUAUGGUCUUUGAAGAUUUCCAAAUUAAACUCAUCACAGCCCUUAUUUUACCAGCUCACAAAAUUGAUGGAAAGCCAGCAGUUUGAUUUGUACUCAACUCAAACGCUUAUGAUGUUGGUUUUAAGGAAAUUGCUUGACCUGAUACCUGCGUCUGAGAUUGUAUCAGACAGCUCCUUCGUGAUGGUAGCUGACUAUGUUGAUGUCAUCGAAACAAGCAAAGUGUUGGACCAGUUACUGUAUGUUCUGUUACAGAUUGUUGUUGAGUCUGAUCUUGAUGAGAGUCAGUUUGGUAGCCUGAUUUUAAAUGAGGUCAUGUUCCGACUGCGUGCAGCGCCCGUGAGGUCCAUGCUGUACAUCAUCCAGAUUCUACAAGAGCGGCAGAUUACCGACCUGCGCAGAAAGCUGUAUUCGAUAGCCCUGGAUGGUUACACCACAAAGAUUGAGCAACUGCUUACACCGAGCGAGCUCAUUGAACAUUUACAGAUGGAGCACAGCAAUCCAUCCAUCCAUCAGAAACUAGAGGCGAUGGCUUUGAAAAUGGCCGACAAAAUGUCGCCAGAAGAACUUUGCAAACUCUUACACUGGCACACAGUAAAGUCUCAUAAGAAGAACAGUUUUCUGAUUUCGAAAUUAAAAGAGAACUUGGCCUCGAAACCAUUCAAACUCAGUUUAGCUCAGCUGAAGAACUUAUUUUAUACCUGCGCUACUUUAAAAAUUAACAACAAGGAACUGUUAACAAAAAUGACGAUAGCUUUUGAGAAACAGAUAACAGAAGAAAGAACGUCUGGCGACAUGUCUGGCAUUAUACUUCGCGUUCUAAAAUCAUGCUCUUUUCUUGGGUGGCGCCACGAGGCAUUUUCACGUGUCGUAAGCUCAAACAUUCAAGGGAACUUAUUCAGUAAAGAGCUCGGUGUGUCCGAUAUGACGUCUUUAGUGCUGAUGUUAGGUAACUUAAACAUGACGGAAUUCGGACCAAUGGCUGCGGAGAUGUUGGAGGAUCUUGGCGCAGUGUGGGAACAUAGCCCCAGCACAUGGUUAGAGCUCGUGAGAGCCCUGGCCAUGUUGAACCAGGCAACCCCGGAAAUGUUGGCCAAAGUUCUGCAGCCCGUGUUUUAUGAGAGACUUAUGAAAAAUCUGGCAGAGGCCCCAGACCACAAAAAAGACAGUGUGCGGUUUAACCUUCUCGAGAUGCUGGGCUACCUUCACUUACAGCUUGGGGAAACGGACAUUGAUGGGCCAGUUGAGCUUAUGCAGUGGCAUGCGGAACUGCAAGACAGGAUGAAAAAAGCUCCUACAUAUGGGAUGACAUUGGCCGUUAACGAAGUGCUCACUGUCCUGGCGCCCAAUGAUACACACAGCAACAGAAAUGUUGUGACUAGAUAUGGGCAUAUUGUAGAUUUUGAGAUAUUUGUUGGUGACGAUGGAAAGGCAAAGAAACUUGAGGAGGCUGCCGGAGCUACGAGGAUAUGGAUCAAGGUUCAAGACUUCAGUUGCUUCCUGAAGGGCGGGGAAACACUCGUGCCGUCCCGUGCGACUGAGAUCUGCAUGCAGCAUCUACUGGCGAAAAAUCCCAACACUGUUUUUGUUCCACAUGCAGAAUGGGUCCGUCACAUCGCCAAGCGUAUAGAUCAGCUGAUGUACUUGGAGAGGAAAAUCAGAGAAUGUGCUCAAGUGAAGGAGAUUCCAAAAAUGCCUUGAUUUUGUACCCAUUUUUCAGUUUCUGCUUAAGCAAAAAAUCCAUAUAUUUUUAUGCUCCCCAAAAUAAAUAAAGUCGCCGCUUCGUCAGUCCCUCAGUGUGUCCGUCCGUGCAAAAUUUUUGUCUGGGCUAUUUCUCAGCAACUAAUGACUGGAAUUCAAUCAAACUUUAUGGGAAGCUUCACUACCAAGAGGACAUGUGCAUAUUAUCAGCGGGUUCUGAUCGGAUGAUUUUUCACAGAGUUAUGGCCCUUUGAAAUUUUCUAUAUAAAAAUUAUUGUCCCCCCAACUACUGUGCCCUCAAGACGUUUUCUUUUUAUCUGAAUAUAUAGUGCAAUAUUGUGACAAAAAAACUUUGGGGAGCAUCACCCGUCUCCGACGGUUUCUUGUUUUACUGGUCGCAAAGUCUGGAAUCCAAAAUCGUGCAACUAUUACCAGCAAUUAAAUGUGUACUUGACCAACAUUUUUCACCGGCGAUGAGGUCACGUAUGGAGAAAUUUAUCUUGGACUUAUAGAAGUUAAACAGACAUUAACGCUUUGCAUGCUGGGUAAUUUGUCUUCUGCUAAAAUGUCGUCUGCUGAAUUUCUAAAAUAAGCAUUUUCUUCAUUUUUUUUCAAAGAAUACUAUCAGAAUAGCAAACAGUUUGGAUCCUGAUGAGACGCCACGUUCUGUGGCGUCUCAUCUGGAUCCAAACUGUUUGCAAAGGCCUUUAAAAUUCGGCUCCAGCGCUUUAAGGGUUAACACAAUUUGGCAAACUUUUGCAGGGACUGGUUUUGGUUAAUUGUGCAGCAGAUAAGAAAGAGGUAUAGUGUUAAAUUAUUGUGGGAAAACUGGGCUUAACCCAUUUAUGCCUAGGUGACUCUCCCAUCCUUCUAAAUUGGUUCAAUUUAUUUCCAAAAUUAGGGAUGUCUAGUAUAUUUAUUUCUAUAUUUAAAAUAUUUCUUACAGAAAUUCCUUUAAGCAAACAGUGCAGACCCAUAAUAUGAGACGCCCUAUCAUGCGGCGUCUCAUCUGGGUCUACGCUGUUUGCCAAGACCUUUUUUUUGUAGAUGCUAGGCAUAAAUGGGUUACUGCGUGUGUGUAGUGAUGUCCAAGACUUGCCUGUGCAGUCUGAACAUAAUCUGGUAUAGCACUUUUAGCACAUGCAUUAAGCCCAGUUUUCCCAGAACAAGGCUCAAUUUUUUUUAUGUGAAAGCAAACACCAAACUGAAUGAUUGCAUCGGAAUGUGUACAUAUUUUAUCAUACAUAGUGAAAGAAAUUAGAAAAAAAAAAAAAUCUUGACUUUUAGUGUUAAGACCUCUUGCUCAGCGUUCAUACUCUUGAAAGGUUCAAUUACAAAAAUAAUGCCAACAAUAUAUAUUGUGUAUUUGUGUCUAAGAUUAGAAAUAUAUUAAUUGUUUUAUUGAUAUGCAUUGUUUUGUUAGAUUGUUUUUCAAGUGUGAUUGAUGCUUUAAAUUUUAGUUAUGAUUUACUUGAAACUUAUAUUGGACUGAAAGUCUUUCCACAUAAAUAACUAUAAACAUUUCUUUUGGUCUCUUUCAACAGCAGACUCUUGUUAUACAACAUUUGUUCAAUGCUAGACUAAUUUAACCCCUUUUGAAGUUAAUUAUUCAUUGUAAACAUAAUUGUGUAUUAAAGGGGCCUUUUCACAUUUUGGUAAAUUGACAAAAUUAUAAAAAAUUGUUUCAGAUUUGCAAAUGUUCUUUUUAGUUAUGAUAUUUGUGAAGAAACAGUAGUACUGAGCUUUUACCACGCUCUAAAAUAGCGAUUAUAUGCAUCUUUUGGCGAUUUAAAAAUUAUAAAGCAUUGCAACGCGAGAAGGUUGAAUAAUUUGGAGAGUUCUUGUGUUGUCGUUAUAUUUUGUGAAACUAUGAGGAAUGCUUAUAUAAAGUAUAAAAUACAUCCUUGAUUGUAUAAGCACAGAUGGCGGAGUGGUCUAAGUGGUAGACUUUUACUCCAACAAACCAGGGGUCAGUGGUUCAAGCCCUGAUAGGGAUAACUUUUUUUUCUUUUUUUAAAUGUAUUCUUGUUUUUUUUACUGGAGCUUUUUAGAUCAAAUAUUUACAUUUAUCAAUAUAAAGCAUCUAAUGACAAACUUCAAUACAUGCCAAAAUCUAUGAAAAGGCCCCUUUAAGUGUCUUCAAUAUGUACUUGUACUUUAUAGCAUUAACAGGAAUAAUGACAACCCUAAUUAAAUGUGGCAACAGCUAAAAAAAGGUUUUUAAGUAUUAUUUGACUUUAUAUAUAUAUAUAUAUAUAUUUCUUACGCUUUAUGUCUUUAAUGGAUUAACUGUAAUUUUGAAUCUGGAUUUUAAUAGAAUUGAGAUGUCAUGCUGAUUGUUCAAGGAUGGAAUAAACUGUUACUUAAUCAA